GUGGCGGUCAAUGCCAUCGGCGCCUCCGACGCGGCCCUGGCGCGCCUGGCCCACGUCGCCGCCGCUUCCGGCGGAGGCGGCGGGAAGCAGCGGGCGCUGCUGGUGGCGCCGGGGGAGGGGCGGUGGACGCGUUGGGUGCCGCGCCCGGGGGUGGUGGUCAUGG